UCUCUAUGUUUGUAAUAUUCUUUUACAUAAAAUUAUUAUACGUUUUGGUUGUUCUAUAUAUUUCACUGCAUUACAUCAAUACGAUCGGCGAUUAAUACGCACCUGUAGGGGGCUUUGGUGAUAAAAGCGGAUCAAGCAGAAGACUAGGAGGAUUUUAAUAUAGAAAUGUAUCAUUUUGUGGCCACAUGUGCACCUGAACCUCUAGACUUGUCUGAAAAAGUUCAAAUACCUGGUCAUAUAAGACAAUAUCUAAGGGACUUCCAAUUGGAGACAGUACGUUUUUUACACAAUCAUUUGGAAAAUCGAGAUUUCUGUAUAUUAAACGAUGAGAGUGGCUUAGGGAAAUGUGUGUCAACAGCAGUAUAUCUUGGUGCUAUAGCAAAAAACAAAAGGUGUCUUAUUGUGGUUCAAAACGACGAUGAGCUUGUGACAGGUUGGCAGUUCCACUUUGACGUGCUAACAAAUCUUUCCGUUGGUGUGCUAGGGCCGAAUACAAGCAGCCUAGAAGCUCUUCCCAACAUAAUUAUUGCAAAAUGGGCAACGCUACGUGCAACUGUUGAUGGAAGCAAAUUUAAUUUUGAUUAUGUUGUUCUCGAUAAUCGGGGACAAAUGAUGAGUAAUAACUUCUGCAUGUCGAUGCUCAUGAGUAACUACGAGCAUAAAGCAAACUUACUAAUUUCUAGUAUAGACGUAACAUCUGAUUUGAAAUUGUUACACAAUUCUCUACGUUUGGGAGGCCGUUUGGAGCAUCAGUAUGAGCAGUAUAAAGUUUUCGAGGCGAAAUACAAGUUACCCAACUCCAAAGAUGUACUUAAUAAAAUUGCUGAUUUGGAACAAUAUUUUUUAAAGCGGGAAAUGAUAAGUGAUUUUUGCAAAGAUUUCCGUUUGCGUCGAUAUCGCCAUCAAUUUGAAGAACAAUUGCCUUUCGUUGAUGCGGAGCGCUAUAAAAUUAGUUUAGAUUUAUGGCGUACAAUAAGCAGUUCGAAUAGCUCACAAAAAUCGAACGAUAAUGGCAAUAAUUUAAAUGCAAAUUCUGAAACUGCUACAGAAGAACUUUUCAAUCAAGCGCUGGCUCUCAAUAGUGAAAUAUCACAAAUUUUAGAUGCUCGCAGAAGUCAGGUGCCGAAUUCAGAGCACAACGAAGCUUCGGAGGAUGCAGUUAUUAUGUCUCCUCUUCUAAUUGAUUCUGAAUCAUGUAGUAGCGAUGAGCCUGAGGAAGUUGCGAAUAUUACGAAUCAUAAAUCAACAACCAUAACGCAAAAUAAGCAGAAGGAGUCAGACAUUUAUGAAUUUGUGGAUUUAUCAACAGAACAAUGUUCGGAAGAAUAUGUAAAUAACGGAACUAAACAAAAAGAAAAGACUACUAUUAAGUACCAAGCAAGAUCUCUCGCACAAGACAAUGAUAAUAAAAAGACAAAUGAAAUAGAAUAUCCACAAAAAAGCGUAACCACCAUUAAUUUCACUGAGAAGCCAAUCAGCGGAGAAAAGACAAAAUUGCUUAAAAACACCAAAAUUUUAAAAACAAAUGAAAGAGAACUAAAUAAUAAGGAAGAUAAUAAUAAAAGCUUGAAAGGGUAUACGAACACAAGUAUUGACACUAAUGAAAAUAUCGCGGUUUCAAAGCCGCAAAUUAAAAAUGGUAAUGAUAAGAAACAGGCGGAUGUUUCCUCAAAGUCAAAACCACAAGCUAAUGCAGAUACACCCGUUACCGCAACAAAACGCCGAACAAUAAAGCCACCAGAAAAGAAAAAUCCCCAUGCAAACACCAAUAAAGUAAAAAUUAAUAAUAAAGAAAAGCAAAAGCCUGUUGCUGCACCUAAGCACUCUUCACCAGAACAACCACAACAGCCACAACAGGACAGGAAGGAUACCAAAAAAAUGACUGAUAAGGAAAGCCAUGAAAAUUCAAAGAGUUUAAGUCCAGCUAAAGAAUUUUCGGUAGCGAAAAAUACAGAAAAUUGGAAAAAGGCAAGCUCAAGUAAUAAAGAGGAAGAUAAUGAUACUUCAUCAAAAAGGCACACGCCGAAAGAACAGACACAACUUAAAGGAAAAGAGAAACAAAAACUGUCCGAUAAAGAAAGCAACAAUAAUUCAGAUAACAGCAUAUCAACUACCUAUCCUCAGGACACUAAUGCCAAGCUGACACAGAAAAAUGAUGAAGUUAAGCGUAAAGUAGGCAGACCUACAAAGGUGGAAACUAAGCCUAAACAAGGAGAAACAAAUGAAGUAAGUCCGAGGCGCAUGAGACAACUAAGAAGUGAUAAAAAAGAUAUGAGUAAAAAGAAAUCUUUGGUUUCACCUAAGGAAAAGGCACCUUCAGAAACGGCGUCUCCUAAAACGCCCGCAAAAUCUAGUAUUGCUAUUGAGAAUAAGUCGUCAAAAGAUUCUGCCGAUAAAGAUGUGGAAAAAACAAAACGAACAGAACGAACAUCUAAUACUACACGUGUGGAAGUUCCACUAACGCCCACCGUAAGGAAUACCAGAAGUAUGCAACGAGUAACUCGAUCAUCGGAUAGUACUAGAAGUAAGUACAUGAAAUCGCCACGAUUACUAGAUCUUAGCAAACAAAUUAGGAAAAAAAUUGUCAAACAAACAGAUAUCAAAGAUAGUAAAGGCGGCACCAAAACAAUGGAAUUUGAUGAUAAUGAGGCAUUGGUAACGGACACUUCAAGCAAUGGCAAGAAAAUUGUUAAAAGAAAAAGUUUAUAUCAAAGUAAUGAUGGUAAGAAGAAAGCACAGAUCACUGAAACUAAAAGACAGAAAGCAAUUUCUGCUUCUAAAGACACGGAAAAUAGCAGAGAUUCGGCUAUAUUGCCAUGCUCUGAUAAUACAGAAGGUAUGCAGUGUGGGCAAAAGAUCAGUGGUUCUACACCUUCAGAUAAUGGCUUUUUAAGACCGCCCACGCCUGAUCGCAGUACACGUAAUUCUGAGCCUAAAAACUUUUUAACAACCCCUAGUAGUUUUACCGAUUCUGAAGUAGUAUUCGUGCCACCCAUUGACGCAGCGAAUAAAAGUCAAGCGAUUCUUAUCUUAUCCAGUUCAACGGAUGACGGCUCUUUAUCAUCACAAAAAUCGGAACAAAGUCGGCGCACACGCGCACUCAAGCAGAAGAAAGCACUUAAGCGGCCCGCUACAGAUCCCAAUGCUUUAGAUGACCCACCAACAACGCCGUCAUUCGGUGAACUAUUGGCUAAGCAGCGAAUACAACGAAAGUCACCUGAUUUAUUUAGUGCGAGCACAGAUCUGGGCUUAACCUGCACACAACAACUUGCUGCCGACAGGCAUGAUGGCGUUGAGACCUUUCAAGGUUUCAAAAUAUUUGGUUCAGAAGUUAAACAAAUACAACAACAGCACGCAAUCACAACAAGUGGUAGGAAAUCUGCGCCAGCACUCAGUCGUGGUCGUUCAUGUUUGAAUUUACUUGAAAAAAUGUUUGAGCCGACUCCGACAGAUGUUAGAGCUAAAAAAUCGCAAGCAACGCAACAUACAAAAUCUUCAAACACGCAGAAAUCAACAAAAAAAGUGCCCGAUGAUAAACUGGUAAAAAGGGCGACUAGAGGUAGCCAACCAGUGGUGCCAUCAUUACCAAACACUGUUAACGUUACCCAAACUCAAGGUACAGAUAAACAGAAGCAAGGCAACAAAAAUAGCACAAAUCCAAUGAUUAACGGUACAUUAAUAGACGAAGAGAUAUUCGAGAUUACAAACAACGAUGCCUUCGGCAGUGUGAUGCGUAUAAAUUCGAAUGGCGAAAUAUCACCGGUGCAACUGACCACGCGCAACCAACAACCAACACAACACAAUAAAAUCACCAAUUAUCUCAUUGGCUCAACACAACUGACACCGACGGAAGCCGUACUGGAUGAGCGUACGCCAAGCAAACGCACACCAACACAACCACAGUCCGGCACAGCUACACGCAGAUCUCCAAAAAGCAGAUCCACACAAACGACGAAACUAACGAAAUGGUUUCAGAAAAACGGUACAAUUAAUGAGUUGGCGGCGAGUUCGGAAUACGAACGGAGUGACAUACGCAUGAAGCAGCUGACAAGGAGCAGAAUGGCUAAGCGACUUAAAAGGCGUUGUCUAGAGUUAUCAUUCAAAAAUUGAGUUAUAUUCAGUACAUAAUACUAUGUAUGUAUACACACACAUUAAUCAAAUUAAUCAAAAGUUUGCUUGUAUUUAAAUCGAAAAUUAUAUUUGUAGACGGUUUUAAUGUACCUUUAUUCAAUUUUAACGCAAUUGUACACAGAUGUUUUUUUUUUUAAAGAAUUUUUAGAACGUACUAUACAUACUUAUAUAACAUACAAAAGAAUUAGUUCAAAGUAGAGGCAUCAAAAAUGUACACUAUUAUUUAUACAUUAUCCGAUUGUCUGUACACAAAACCAUAACUGCUGAGUACAAGUUUCAUGUAUAUGCCGCUGAAGGCUAAUGCAACAACCCCACGAAUUCUAAUGCACACAUGCAUACAUAUGAAAGCAAUUUAAUUGAAAACUUUACACACAUACA